AAAUGCUACUGAAUUGGAAGGUUUCAUUAAUUGUCAUGUCCGCGAUGGUAUAGCUUUAUGUCAGUAUUUUGCAUGGUUAGAGCAUAUGAUAACAAACAAACAUUACGUUGAUGAAAUUUCUGGAGCAGAUAAACUUGAGGAAUUUAGAUCGAAAAACUUACAUUUCAUGGGUUUAAGCUUUCCAACGAUUAGUUCGUCCGGACCAAAUGGAUCUGUUAUUCAUUACCAUCCAGCCAAAGAAACGAAUCGACAAAUUACUGAUAAAGAAAUUUAUUUGUGUGAUUCUGGAGCUCAGUAUAUGGACGGUACAACUGAUGUGACCAGAACACUACAUUUUGGAAUUCCAACUGAUUUUGAAAAGGAAUGCUAUACACGUGUAUUAAAAGGCAAUUAGUACUUGGAUCUACCAUUUUUCCCAAAAAAGUAAAGG